CGGCGCCGCGGCGCGCCGCGGGGCCGCGCGGGACGGGCCGCCGCGGCGAAGGGCAGCGCGGAGGGCCGAGGGGGGGCCGGAGGAGAGCGGCCGCCGUGGGACGUGGGGCGGGCGCUGCGCACCGCGGCCUUCUACGGGGCCGUGCCGAACCCGUUUGACCUGCCCGGUGGGACGACGAGGAGCCCGUCGGGCUCUCCCCCGGCGACGUGCUCUGGCCCGCGGGCGACGCGGGGAGGCUGGUGUGGGGCGUGCAGGACGACGUCAUCAUGGGGGGGGCCUCGGAGUCCUUCUUGGAGGGGAACGUCUGGAGGGGCAACAUCAUCACGGCCGGAGGAGGCUUCGCCGGCAUUCGCACCCAGGCCUUCCGGCCAGCCUUCGACGCCAGCCGGUGCCAGGGGAUCCGCCUGCGGGUGAGGGGCGGGGGCGACCAGCGGUACAAGCUCAUCAUUCGCGAUUCUUACGAGUGGAACGGGAUUGCUUGGAGCUACGAGUUCGACACCAAGUCUUGGAACCCUUUGUCCGAUGUGACCGAAGUAAUGGCGCCGUUCUCCGAGUUUGUCCCAACGCUCUUCGCCCAGCGAGUGCCAGAUGUGAAGUACAACGCAGCCAAGCUGACGACGCUGCAACUCACGUUGAGCAAAUUCGGAUACGACGGGGACCUGAACCCAAACUUCAAGGCUGGGGAGUUCUCCAUCACGCUGGAGUCAGUGGGAGUCUUCUGAAGCACGUCUCGCUUCAGCAGAUCCUCCUUGCCUUGAACGCGCUGCCGCACCAAUUUUCGCUGGGCCGUCUGGGUGCGCUCGCCGUCGGCUGGCCGUCUAUGUCCGAGAAAACCGAGCCACGCGAAGGACGCAACCCUGCGCAGCUGCUUGUAGCAUAGGGGGGGCCCUGUCCUGCUGUGCCGUGUGCCAGAUAGGAUUUGGAAAUUGGGCGCGCGUUAAUGAUGUAAAGCUGAAUGAACCACUCGCAAAGAUUAUGAUCG